AUGUUGCCUCAAAGUCUAUUAGUUGCUAUUUCAGCCUUGGCAAUCACGUCUGCCGGUCCUGUGAGGAAAAGAUGCGAUGCUUCUUCCGAGAUUGCUUCUACCACGUCCGUGGCAGCAGCUACAUCGACGGCCACAGCGGAUGAUGAAACUACUUCGCCAGCAUCUCCAACGUUACCCGUCACUGGUGGCACAAGUGAACUUCCCGCCGCCAAUGGCACCCUCAUAGCCGUGGCCGUAGGGCAUGGUAUACAAAACUAUACCUGCUCGGCCGCCGGAGUGACCGCCACGUCCAUUGGCGCCCUGGCCGUGCUGUACGACAUUACGGACAUAUACUCGUCCCUGUCGGCCGACGAGCAGACGCAGCUGCCCGUCAACGUGCUGCGCACCACGGACCUGCCGCUCAACCUGGCUGAGACCACGGACCCGUCCAACCCCUACGCCGCCGACACGGCGGACCCCUUUCCCGCCGACGACGCCGACCUGACGGUCGAGGGUGUCGACGGGCCCUUGUCCGUGCUGGGCCGCCACUACUUUGACGCGGCCCUGACGCCCACGUUUGACUUGUAUAAUGCCGACGGCGGAGACGGCCUCCUCUUCAAGGGCGGCAAGCUCAGUGGCGUCAAGGCCCCAGCCUCGGCGGAUCCGGGCCUGCUCAAUACCGGGGCCGUCGACUGGCUCCAGCUCGGCGACAAGGGCGCCUCCAUUGGCUUGACCGAGGUCUACCGUGUCGUCACCGCCGGAGGUGGCCCGCUUACUUGUGACGAGGCGGGUCAGGUGUUUAGUGUGCCAUAUGCCUCUCAGUACUGGUUCUAUGACAGCUGA